AUAUUUCUAUGCGAAAUUCAUGAUUCUUUGAUUUGUGGUAGAUGCUUUCAUUCGGAACAUCCUUCUUGCGUUGAAGACGUUGUUGACUUGUUGCAUGGAGAUAUAAACAUUGACUGCAAUACAAUCAACUCAAUGAAGUCACUGUUCACUGAGUUGAAAGCUGAAAUUCUGUCUUUGAAAGACGAGGCAGAACACAGUAGGGAAAGCAUCAAGAAUAAUGCUGAUAAAUGUGUGGACGAGUGUAUGGAAUUAGGAAAUAAAAUAAAACAAAGGGUAGAUGAAUUGACAAGAAACAUUAAAGACGGAAUAAGAGAGAAAUAUGAAGAAAUGUGAGCACCUAAUCGCAUAUAACUAAGACGUGUGAUGAGAAAACCAAGUGGUGUGACAAUGAAGAAAGUAAAAUUGAUGAUUUUGUUGACAAUAAAAUGGCUGGGCGCUUGUACCUCGUGAGUACCCAUUAUCAGAGAGAGGUUUCGGACGCUAGAUCCCACCUCAAAGAAAUCAUACACAAACACACGUUUAAAGGAAUUGACUUUAAAGAAAACAAAGUAAUUCUAAAAUGUGUGUUUCAGGACUUGGAGGAAGUUUGUGAACAACAAGAAGAAGUUACUGGAAGCGACGAUGCACAGGCCAACGACGUUGUCGCAUUACUCACAGGAUUAAACAAGACACGGCGAGAAUUCAGUGCAUUGUUACAAAAGGCAAGAAAUGAAUUAGACGAAUCAGAUAAGACUAGACAGUCACUGCGUGAUGAGCUGAAACAAGUACAACAAUACCUGGAUUAUUCAGAAAAGACAAGACAGUCACUGCGUGAUGAGGUACAACAAAAGAAUCACGACCUGGAUAAUUCAGAAAAGACACGGCGAGAGUUCACUGCAUUGUUGAUAAAGGCAAGAAAUGAAUUAGACGAAUCAGAAAAGACAAAUAAAUCAAUGUGUGAUGACCUGAAUCAAGUGAAACAAAACCGAAAAAAGCUGAGAAAGUCACUGUGUGGUGAGCUGAAGCAAGUGAAAGAAGACCUGUAUAUAUCAGAAAAGCUGAGGAAGUCACUGUGUGAUGAGCUGAAGCAAGUGAAAGAAGACCUGUAUAUAUCAGAAAAGACAAGACAGUCAUGGCGUGAUGAGCUGAAACAAGUACAGUGCUACCUGGCUAAAUCAGAAAAGUUUGACGGAUCGACAUGA